GCUUCCUGCGGUGUGUCCGCGGCUACAUGCCGUGCGCAUACUGAAGCAUCAGAUUGAGAGUUAUGUUAAAAAAACAUUCUAUUCUCAGUCCCAUCACCUUCCGAUGGCACCUGAAUCUCUCAACCAGCCUUGCGCAGUGCAGAUGUGCAUAGCUUUUCGUCGUGUGUGAAUGCCCGGCACCCCGUUGUAAGUGAAGGCCCCUGACGAGCCUUUGAACUUACGCGGGAGUGUUCUUUCCGGACUGCCAACACCCCCAGGUAUCGCUAUACGAGAAUGGAAUUCGCGCAUCUGAACGUCUUCCUGAGAUACAGAACUGCGCUCCUCAAAUUGGAUAGACAUAGACAUCAUCAUAGCACCUUCCUGACAAGGCCAGUCUCGGAUGAAAGAACCGAGGCGAGGCGACACACCGUUUUUCCUGUGUUCGGCAACUUCAAGAGGAACCGAGGAACAUGUCACAGCGAACGCUUUGAGCAUUCCUUCUGUGACGAUAUCGGCUCACGGUGUCAGCAGCACAUGAGCGCCGCGGCUUGAGAAUCGCAGCGUUCACGCGUGGCUGCUUUCUCUCAGCUCCCAGCCUAGUAAACCUGACAAGUGCCAGGUGGUAUUUCGUUGCAAUUACAGUUGACUUUUCCGCUUUUACCUUAAUUGAAGCAAAGUGUGACAUGAGUCGUCCUUUAUUUAGGGGUUGUGCGGUUCUCCAGGGAGUCAAAAACAUUGCCUGAGGAUGUUCUUGGCCGUCGGCGGUGUACUUCGCUCUUUUUGAGCGCAUUUUCGGAGUCUCUCGUGCGGACAGCCGCGACGCUUUCCAAGUGAGAAACUGGCGAUUUCUUGAAUCACAAUAAACCAACUUGCCGAAAGCCUUCUAUUUCUCUCUCUUUCUGUUUCCGUACCACGUUCCAUUCGACCUUCGUUUGCCGUUUUAGGUCGCGAGGUCUUUCUGUCUUGCACGGUCGCCGCCCGCCUAGCUCGGCGUCCGCGCCGUCUCCUGCCGGUUGUCCGAGCGGCGGUCUGCACACCUUUGUUCCUGGGAUUUCUGUGCAGCCGUUUCCGCCGAUGACUUUCCUACGUUCCCAGCGAACUUUCUUCCGCCGUUUAUCAUUUCAAUGACACAUCCACCUCCCGUUUCCGCCUCUCCUUGUCACUCGCCGGCACACCCGCAGGCAGCGGCAGAUCCGCUGUCUGUCGCAUCUCCCGCUCCACCUUCCCGCUCUGAAUUGUUUGAGUGUUCUUCCCCGCCUUCACGCUGCUCUUCGCAUUCUCUUCACCCACACGUGCAACGCAGUGUCGCUGUUUUUGGUGUGCGCCGAGCUGCAGACUCCCUUCCGCAGGGAAACCGAGGACCUGACGCUCGAGCUUGGUCCCGUCCCGCCCCUCCACCGCGAAGUUUUUCCCCUCCCGAAAAUUUUGCCGAGGAAGAAGCCGCAAUGUGCAGACAGCAGGGAGACGCCGCAUUUCGAGAAGAAAGCCGGCGGAGUGCACUUUCCUCUUCUGUCCCGACGCGUAGAGGGCCUACCGCGGCUCCCUCUACGACCCGCGCGAACGCUGCCUGCUCAGAGGCUGCGGUUGGACGUCCGCAAAGAAGCGCAUGUCCACCGAUAGGCUGCAAGUGUGUGCCUGUUCCUAAAGAACUUUCUGCGUACCUGUCGCCCUCCAAAAAGUCUUCGCUGCUGUCUGUCUGCUUCGACCCGCGGCUCUUCUUCCACAGGUGGGCGGCGUCCCUCGCUGGCGCCUCCAAACAGACUUCCUGUCUCCCCGUCUCGCCUUCCAUUCGCUUCAGCUUGGCUUCUUCCGUUCUCCCGAACCUUCUGCCCCUGCUCCUCUUCGCCCUCUUACCAUUCCUCUCUCUCCUCGCUCUCCAGUGCCUCCUGCCUUCCUGCCGCCUCUUUGUGCUCGUCCUCGGCGCCCUACCUAUCCUGCCGCUCCUCGGACUCGGUGUCGUCGCCUCGGUCUUCUUCGUGCUUUCUUGGCUUGCGCUGAAGCUCGCGUCUCCCCCGUAGGUCGCGCAGCGCGCCGCAGCGCUGUUUACGUUGAUAUCCGACGUGCAUGCCGUCUUUCCGGACUGGCGGCGGCGCUGCAAAGGGCAAGGUGCAAAGAAAGCGAGCACCUGGGGGAAGACUGGGGAGGCUGAACCGUCGGAGAGACAGCGAGGAAACGCACGCUACACACUUGAGGAGCAGGAGGAGAGAGUGAGACGGGAGGGAAGGCAGGGGGCCAAGACGGCCG